CGGACAGAGAGGGCUACGCUGUGGCGGACUCGCUUCACCCACACGCCGUUUUGUUUGCGCGCCCCGGACGGCCCUGUCUCACUCGGGGUGUUGAGAAGCUGCGUCGCGUCGCUCCGCUCCUUCCUAUCGAGUCUCCGAUGGCAGGCUGGAAGGACGGUUCAGUACAGGAGAAGUACCGACUGGUCGUGGUGGGAGGCGGUGGCGUCGGAAAGUCGGCUCUCACCAUUCAGUUCAUUCAGUCCUACUUUGUUACAGACUAUGACCCAACAAUCGAAGAUUCCUACACAAAGCAGUGUGUGAUAGAUGACCGAGCAGCACGUCUGGACAUCCUAGACACAGCGGGCCAGGAGGAGUUUGGAGCCAUGCGAGAACAGUACAUGAGGACAGGAGAGGGCUUCCUGCUGGUUUUCUCUGUCACUGAUCGAGGAAGCUUUGAAGAAAUCUACAAAUUCCAACGUCAAAUUCUAAGAGUGAAAGACCGGGAUGAAUUUCCAAUGAUCUUGGUGGGCAACAAGGCAGAUCUGGAACAUCAGAGACAGGUGACGCAAGAAGAAGGUCAACAGUUAGCAAGGCAGCUGAAAGUAAUUUACAUGGAAGCCUCGGCGAAAAUCCGAAUGAACGUAGACCAAGCCUUUCAUGAACUCGUGAGGGUUAUUAGAAAGUUUCAAGAGCAGGAGUGCCCACCGUCUCCAGAGCCAACACGCAAGGAAAAGGACAAGAGUGGGUGUCAUUGUGUGAUCUUCUGAGGGAGUUACAUCCCAUUAAACACUCUGCUGCUGCCACCUCCACCUCUACCACAACCCUCACCACCAGCUGCCACCGUCAAUGGUCCCCUGUUCCUGCAUUUGACAUCGGCCAUCUUGUAUUUGUGCAUGACCUGUAAGGAAGGUCACAACGGUGACAGCCUUAGUUUCAGUCACCGGUGAGUCUGGCAUGAAAAGUGAAGGCGUCUCACUAAACCCGUGAUACACGAAAGGAGCAGAACACUACUAAAGCAGCUUUUUCAUUGCCACACGAGUCCUGUUUUGAUUAUCCUAACAGACUUCUGUCCUCCGUGGACGUUUUUGUUUUUGAGAACUGAUUUUAAAUGAAACUUGUUUUUAGCUAUUGGUAAUCAUGCCUUAUUACGUGAGGUGUUUUAAUCACGCUUCUGCAUCUUGUACGUUGUGCCAUCGUUGCGUGUCUGUUCGUCUUUUUUUAUAUCUGCUAAUCAGCUACUGUACAUAAAGAAUUCCAGUUAAGAAAAAAUCUCUAUAUAAAUAUAUAUAAAUAUAAAUAUAUAAAAUGAAAAAAAAAAUUAGUAAAUUGAAGAACCUAUGUGCCACUCUCCACCAAAUCAAGCCGUUUUGAUUUAUGGACAAGCUUAAGUAUUGCUUUAAACUUCUGUGAUGUUGGAGCAAUAAAAGUCGAUUUUUACAUAUGAAGAGUUCGGGAUUUCUACUUGAGCAGAAGCCGAAUGGAGUGAGCGGCUAAUGUUUGAAUGAAAAGCGCAUGGCACGCCAAAGCCGACUUCUGAGGUCAAGGAGUCCCAAAGAAUGUCAACCUGGGUAGUUCCGCCCCUAAACUCCUCCUCCCUUCUCCUCAAUAGGCUCAAAGGCUGCCCGUCACUCCAAGGCCUUUGGGAGUCGCCUCGUCUUCCUUCGACGG